CUGGGAAGUUUAAUAGUGUUGCUAGCAUCUCUCGUCACGACUAUCACAGCCAUCUCCACGUGCGCUAUCUGUACAAACGGUGAUGUCAAAGGUGGCGGCGCUUAUUUUUUGAUAUCGCGCUCACUUGGUCCAGAAUUUGGUGGUUCGAUAGGUCUGAUCUUCUCCGUAGCCAAUGCUGUUGGUGCAGCCAUGUAUAUUGUCGGUUUCGCUGAAACUGUGAGAGACCUUUUUAGAGAAGCAGGCUUUAAAAUAAUCGACGCCGAUCUGUGGGAUGUGAGAAUAGUGGGAUUCAUUACAUGCAUAGUUUUGAUGUCCAUCAUAUUCAUCGGCACACAGUUCGAGUCAAGAAUGCAGAUGUUUUUAUUGGUAAUACUGACAGCCUCCAUUAUUGACUAUUGGAUUGGAUCUGUGUUUCCGCCUAAUAAUGCAGCGAUUUUGCGAGGAGCUACCGGAUAUAGCUAUACCACCUUAUUUGAAAAUUUGCUCCCUUCAUUUCGAGGCGAAGACUUUUUCUCAGUUUUUGCUGUUUACUUUCCGGCUGCAACUGGAAUCAUGGCCGGUGCGAACAUCAGCGGGGAUCUGGCGGAUCCACAGCGUGCUAUUCCGAUGGGUACCCUUCUGGCAAUUGGGAUUACUACUGUAGUGUAUCUGGCGACUGUGUGGAUGACUGGUUCAACUUGUGUUAGGUAUGCUGAACACUCCGGGCGAUUAGCAUUCGUCUGUGGUCACUCUUGUUUGAUUGAUCCAAACUCAACAGACGCGGAUGGCAUAUCUCCUCCUAUUUGGAAUGGUACCAAUUUCAUUCCUCCAGAAUGCGCCGUUAAUCAAACUUGCCCUUAUGGCCUUAUGAAUUACUUCCAGAUUAUGGAAAUGGAGUCCCUCUGGGGACCACUGAUCACGGCUGGAAUUUUCGCGGCUACUCUCAGCUCAGCUCUUGCAAGUCUUGUUAGCGCACCGAAAGUAUUUCAGGCUGUUUGCAAGGACCGCCUGUUUCCAAAGAUUGGGUACUUUGCAAAAGCAUUUGGGAAAAAUGAAGAACCCAGAAGAGCGUACGUCCUCACGUUCAUCAUAGCUAUGUGUAUUAUCGGUAUAGGAGAUUUGAACGCCAUCGCUCCUAUCAUAUCCAACUUCUUUCUCGCUUCUUAUGCGCUCAUUAAUUAUGCUUGUUUUGAUGCAUCAUUUGCGGAUUCGCCAGGUAAGCAACGUCACAAUCCAUUGAUUAUUAUUGUGAGAAGUUAGAA